CUUCAUCACGAUUGGAUAAAUGCUUAGCACUGUCCCCUACUUACUUAAUACACGUUCAUGGACCAGUCUGGCUGUUUUUGUCGAGGGUCUACUGCGAAGAUCGGCAUUUUGACUUGAUUCAAUGACCAACUGGGGGUAGGUAGGGAUGCACAAUGAUGGCAUCUAGAACAAGGCACUUGUGUGGCAAUUAUGCCAUCAUGAAUAUAGCGUCUCAGCAGUAUGCAAGAGUUGCUUAGUUCAUAUAUCACUGAAGAUCCAAUUUCACUUUCAUUUCUAUAAACAAACACCAAAAGUCCGCACAUAUCACUCACUCAGACCUACUCUCCACUGUACCCACCUCACGUACUCCAUCAUCAACUCAAGCCAGCCCAGAGAACUACCCACGCAUGGCUGAACUCAUCGGAUUCGGUCUCUCGGCCUCAGACAAACUAAUCGACAAACACUUCGACAAGCUCCCCGACAAACUCAUCUCACCCAUGGGGAAAGACAUCCCCUACAUCACCGAAAAACUACACACCCAAACCGGGACAAAUACCGAACAUAACCCCCACCGCCGCUUUCGAUCCCCAGACUCAGAUUCGGACUCGCCCUACCACUCCGCUGACGCCCAUACCCGCCGCUCCCAGCGCGACGACCGCAGAUCGAAGCACGAAGACACGAGAGGUGGAGAUAACCACGCAGAGAGAUCGAGACGUCAGCGCGACGCGGGUAUGAGGGAAGACUCAUCCCCAAAACCGAGACAUGUGCGCGUUUCCUCUCCGCCUCCCCAGCGGCCGGGGUUCAUGACAAGGAGGAGCCAGUCACAGCGUGCGCCGCGAAGGGCGUCAAGGCGUGGAGACGAUAGGCGCGGGAGUAGGGACAGGAGAGGAAGCCGGAGCAGGAGCAGCUCCUCGGAAGGCAUCGCUGAGCGCUUCAUGGAUGACCCAGUAGCGAGAGGUGCGAUGGGUGUAGCCGUGGGAGGUGUUCUGGCAAAGCAGGCAGUGAAGGCCGGGGAUAAAUGGAAGGAUAGGGGGAAGGGAAAGGGACAGCACAAAGGGAAGGGUCAUACGGAUGAUGAGAUACUUGUGACUCUUGCUGGGAUGGCUUUGGGAGGUGUCGGGUUGCUGUUUGCUGGGGACAAGUAUAAGGAGAAGAAGCAAAGAGAAGAGAGGGAAGAGAGACAUUCGAGGGAGAAGGCAAGACGAGAGAGAGUGGAAGUGAGGAAGGAAGAAAAAGAGAGGGGGAGGAAUACACGAAAUUGGGUUGAGAUUAGUAGGGAUGGGGAGGUGGAGAGGUAUAUGCGGGAGGAGAAGAUAGCAGAGGAGGGUCGUGGCGGGGGUUUUUACGAUAGGAGGGAUACAUAUGAUGACGUGUGGAGAAGAUAUGGAUAUGAUGAUAGAAGACGGGAAAGAUGAUUCUUGCAGCUAAUAUAAUUGAAGAUCCG